AUGUUAACUACAAAAGUAAUGGUCGUUAUUUUAUGUUGUUUGUUGGUUUCAUCUUAUGGUCAACAACCGUCUUCAUGUCCGGAUCAAGGUGGUGGUAAUUAUGGCUGUUUUGAUAUAACAUCACAGGGUAGCUGCACAGAAGUAUCAAAUGAACCACCAACUUAUGAUAAUCGUUGGUCAGGUUCCGGUAUAGAUUCAAAUAUUGAUUGGGUUAUUAAAUGUGGUGAUAUUAUUGCAUACAAACUUCAAUGGUUCAAUGGUGUUUGGUCCGAUUGGUAUGUACCAGGCGUUAAUGAUAUGGAUCAGAAAGUUAAUGGUGGUAAUGGUCUACGCCGUAUGUGGUCAUACUUCGAGGAUCAUAAUCAUUCAUAUAUUAUUUGUAAAACAAGUCACAAGAAUAAACUGUGUGGAUGUUAAUAAAUCUGUUCGUGAACACACUUAAACCUGCUUGAUUCUAUUCCACUUAUGCUUUUAUAUUUUUUUUUAUUUUAUUCAGAAAUAAAAGACAUUUCUAUCAGAGUUGCAAUCAUCAGAAUUUUUUUCUUAUCGGUAUUGGUAUGCAUCUAAACGCUGAGAGCGAUUCUGACUGUCAUGAAUUACUCUUCACUAUUCGGAUUCUAUAACAGUCAAGUCAAAUACUCGAUUGAUCAUAUCUAGCUCCUAAUCAUUAUGCCUAUGGCGUAUCCUUUGCUCUGUCACAGAAAUAGUCUUCGACAUCAGUAAACUAGUAUUCGAUUUAAGCAAAAACAAAAAGAAAUUUUGAUGAUCAAGUUUUUGAAAAAAGAUACUGAAAAACUAAAAAAAAAACUGAGAUUGGUCUUUAAUUGUUACCAGUUACGCACAUGCGGCGAGGGGAAGCGACUACCAAGAAACUG